UAUUUGGUGUAACACCAGUGGGUCACGCUGGUAGAGUAAUGUCAGGGGCUGAAUGAGAGAAUCAGGCUCUCAGAGCUCAGGGAUCGUACUGUUUGUUCCGCGGGGUUUCACUCUGCUCUGUGCGCUCGGUGUCAGUGUGGUGUAGCCGGUGGUGAGCGCUGGGACCAUGGGCCGGGUGGUGAAGGUGUUGAGGACUCUAAGGAAUCACUGGAAGAAGUCGAGCUUCGCUGCCUGUGUGCUGUCUUACGGCGGAUACUGGAUUUAUGGGAAGCACUGUGACAGUGUGCUGCGAAGAGAGGCCUGCCAAGAAGCCAGGGAAUUUGGCCGGGCAUUAAUUGGACCACAGGAGCCUUUAAAGAGAGCAACAGUAAUCCUGAAUCCUGCAGCAAGCAAUGGAAAAGCCAACAGUCUGUUUGAGAAGAAUGCAGCCCCCAUCUUGCACCUUGCUGGAGUGGAGAUCAAAAUUGUGAAGACUGACUAUGAAGGGCAGGCGAAAAAGCUAAUGGAUUUCAUGGAACAGACAGACAUGCUAAUUGUUGCUGGGGGGGAUGGGACUCUGCAGGAGGUGGUAACUGGUUUACUACGAAGAAAUGAUGAGGAAGCGUUUAGUAAAACGCCCAUAGGCUUCAUUCCUCUGGGCGCUCACAAUUCCUUAUGCCAAAGUCUACACCUAGCUACUGACAACACAGUCAGGCGCAUCACUUCCGCUACGCUGUCCAUUCUCAAAGGCGAGACAGUACCGCUGGACAUCUUACAGAUAAAGAGUGAAAAGGAGCAACCAGUCUUUGCUGUCAUGAGUAUACGCUGGGGUUCCUUCAGAGAUGUUGCAGAAUCCAUCAGCAAAUAUUGGUACCUUGGUCCCUUGAAAACAAGAGCAGCGCAUUGGUUCAGUACAUUAAAGGAAUGGCCACAGACUCGCCAAGCUUCGCUAUCGUAUCUGCCUCCUGUUCCUCGGCCUCCGGAGAUGCCCACUGAAAAGCCCCAAAGACCCAACCUGCUACACCGCAUCUAUAUCAGGCUUCAGAAUUAUUGGAAUCCUCCUGUGGAAGAGCCCCCUGUAGAGCCAGAGCCAGAAAUUUGGGAGGAGAAGCAUCUCUCCACCUUGGAGCUCACAAUAAGCACACAGAACAAAAACCCUGUGAAGAACCGUACAGAUGACUCUAUGGUGCUUUCAGUGGAACCAGACACACUCACAGUUGGACAGUUCAUAACUGAAGGUAUUAAAAAAGCUGAGAAUCCACUGGAGAGCACAGAACACACACUUCAGAUGGAGGCCAGUGCAUGUCGUGUCAAUUUGCCUGAGGAGGGCGCUGGCUUUUAUAACAUUGACAACGAGGCCUUUGAGGCCAUGCCAGUGGAAGUGAGGCUACUGCCGCGGAAACUAAGGUUCUUUUGCAGUGCUGAGCGCAGAGAGGAACUGGCACAAGGGAACUGAAGGUGGUCUGGGGAAAAAAAAUCAUACUUGUGGAAGGAAUCAGUGGAAAUCUGAACUUUGGGUUAUCGGACUCCUAACAAUGGGCUGUGUACUUUCACUGCAGAGAUGAUGUUAAUCAUACAGCAUCAGAACAGUAUUAUAACUCGCAUCCAUCUUACACUUCAUUUAGAAUUCUUACAAAUACUGGCUCUGGUCUCUUUUUUCUCUAAAACAGUGCCACUUAAUGGCAAGGAUUACACAAGCUACUGAGAACAUUUUGAUAAAAAAAAUAAAAAAUCACCCAUUCUGCUGUACUGGACGUAGUGCUGGUGACUAGGAAGGCCACAUGCUGAACUAACGAUUAAAAGAUGGGUAAAAGGUGGCCACAUGAAGAGAAGAACAAAUACUCAAAUAGGGUGUAAAAUUAAAGUGAUGAUUAAUUAGUAGUCCCCAGCCCAAAGUAAACACUGAGCCCACUGCAGCUUCAGCUUUCUGUUCUUGACUGACAGAAAUUAAAACCUGGUUUGGUCUUCUGCUGUUGUAGCCCAUCCAUCUCAAGGUUUGAGGUGUUGUACAUUGUGACAUUCUUUUCUGUUUACUGUAGUUUUUGUUUACUCAAAAUGGUUUGAACAGUUUCUGUCGACUUCAAUAGUAAAUCAAUGUACCUUUUUUGGCACAGUUCCCCAAACCACCACUUAUAGGAGAUUUUCUCUUUUAUUAUACUAUUCUGAAUUUUAUAGGCUGUCCCAGGAGAUCACCACUUCAGCAUUGCAGAAGAAAUACUCAAAGUAGCCCAUUUGGAAUAAAAUCAUGCUCUGCUCAAAAUCACUGAGCUCACUUUUGUUUUUUAGCCAUGUAGAGGGGGUUGAUAAUGAAAAUAUUUGAAGCUGUUGGCUUAUAUUGGCAUUACAUUUCUUCCACUGAGUUGGCUGAUUGUAUACAUAUUUGUAUGAAUAAGUAGUUGUACAGGUAUUUUUAAUAAAUACCUCAGAAAUUGUGCAUAUGGAUAAACUGAAGGCAAAGUAUGGACAGUAGGCUUCAGCCGCAUAUUUAUUCCUAACGUUGACCUUUACAUACAAAAUAUAUAGCUCUGAAAAAAAAGAGACCAUAUAAAAAUGAUUUUCUUUGAUUUUACCAAACUGAAAAUCUCUGGAAUAUAAUCAAGAGAAAGAUGGAUGAUCACAAGCCAUCAAACCAACCUGAACUGCUUGAAGAUUUGCACCAUGAGUGGCAUAAAGUUAUCCAAAAGCAGUGUGUAAGACUGGUGGAGGAGAACAUUCCAUGGUUAUUAACCAUGGUUAUUGCACCAAAUAUUGAUUUCUGAAAUCUUAAAACAUUAUGAAUAUGAACUUGUUUUAUUUGCCUUAUUUGAGGUCUGAAAGCUCUGCACAUUUUUUUUGUUUUCAGUUUGUUUUCUGUUCUCAUUUUCUGCAAAUAAAUGCUCUAAAUGAAAAUAUUUUUAUUUGGAAUUUGGGAGAAAUGUUGUCUGUAGCUCAAAAUCAGAGAAACUGAUUCAGAAACUGAAGUGGUGUCUUAGUUUAUUACAGAGCUGUAUGUAUAAAUAUGUCCAUUGAAAAUUUCUAUUCUAUUUACAUAACUAUAUACUCUAACCACACAAAGUUGUAACAACGAUGUCACAAUGCUGUCAAGAAUGCUUCAGAAUACUCUGAAGAAAGACCUGUUCACUCAUGUACUGCUGCAGGUGUAAUCUUGCCCACUGUAAAACAGCUCAAAACCCCCCAGAAACCCAGUGUUUACUCAUGGGACCAAGCCAGACAUGAUUUGUAUGUUCUGUAUCACCGUUUGUCCAAUGAAUUAAACUAAUGUAUAAUUAACAAGAAGCUUCAUUA